GUGGGGGAGAGGAUGCUGCUGGAUGGAUGCUGAGAGCUCCUACUAGGUCAAUCUGAAGCAGAUCAGAUCCAGACAAAAACCAGUGAACAAGACCCCUUCUGUCCCUCCGCCUCAGGUAAUGGAAGUUGGACUGGAGCCAGGACUGGAAGCACAGCACUGUACGGGAAAGGAGGACAGAGGUUGGCGUGGAGGAAUGAUGGAGAACCUGGGAGAACUGAGUUGACACUGCUGAGGAGCCGGUAAAUUAUCCAGGAUGACGGUUUCUUUUGAGGUUUGAGUACUUAGGCUGAGGCAAGAUCCAAAACUGAGGACUUUGAGCCAGAGGUGAAGGUCCCAAAGUGUGAAACUAGGACUUGAGGAUUCCUGAGGAAGGAGCACAAAAAAGGUGAUGGAAAUGCGGCACACCUGUUACCCUCCACACCAGGGGAUCUUGGCGGCAUCUAGUGGACUGGUUGGACAAUGAACAUGUCUGGGGGUGCACUGGGAGAGGACCUUACAGAUGAGGAGAAGGAGAUCAUCAACAGUGUACUGGCUCGUGCCGCUAUGAUGGAGGCCAAGGAGCAGCAGCGGAUUGAGCAUAUGUCCAGUCGCCUAGAUAUUAUUAAGAAGACAGCAUGUGGUGAUGGACAGUCUCAUUGUCUGCUGUGUGGGGCCUCCUUUGGAGCCCAAAGGGUCACAGCUGUUCUCUGUGCAAAGUGCAAAAAGCACAUGUGCAGCAAAUGUGGGAUUUGGAUUGACAGCAGGACUUGUCCGAUGUGGCUUUGCCAGAUCUGCAAUGAGCAGGAAGAGGUCCAGAAACGUUCAGGGGCCUGGUUUUAUAAGGGAAGAGAUCAACAGAGGCUGCCCUCCCCCCUGCCUCUUUCCAAACCUCAGCAGUCCAACACAAAGGACAGCACUGGUCAGGGAGGCCACAGUCGGUCAAAGGGACACAGACCACAUCAUCAGAUUGAUGUGGCACAGCAGAAGCAGUCCUGUGUAUCUGAACAAUGGCAGCAGACAGCAAGAACAACAACUGACAGCUGUAAUGAGACUCAUUCUACUCAGACAGCUGUAAUGAAGACAGAGAGACAUGUGUUAGCUUCCAAAGCACCCCAGGCAAACACACAGCAGACUGCCCCCACCUCAGUUCCAGCGGUAGAUGAUGAAAACAAACAUCCAGAGAGAGUAAAAGCAAUGUCCUCUCCAGCUGUUGAAGAAAAACAACAACCUAUUGUCUCCAGCUCAGUUUUAUCUCACAUACCUGCUAUCAGGAUGACUCCACCUGUGAAUUCACCCUUCAACAAUGCAACUCCUGAGAGACGCCCUCCAGAUUACACGGAAGAGGACGACCAUGACUAUGACUCAGAUGAUGCCACCACACUGGGGUCUCUAGAGUUCAGCGUCCUUUAUGAACAGGAGAAUCAUGCCGUACACUGCUGUAUCAUUAAAGCUAAGGGUUUGAAACCAAUGGAUUCUAAUGGACUUGCAGAUCCAUAUGUUAAGCUACAUUUGCUACCUGGAGCCAGUAAGUCCAACAAGCUUCGCACCAAGACGCUCAAAAACACCCUGAAUCCUGUGUGGAACGAGACACUGAUCUACCACGGCAUCACCGAUGAGGAAAUGCAACGCAAAACACUCAGGCUAUCAGUGAGCGAUGAAGACAAGUUUGGACAUAAUGAAUUCAUUGGAGAGACACGGGUUGCACUAAAGAAACUGAAGUUUAACCAAAAGAAGAGUUUCAAUGUUUGUUUGGAGAGAGUGAUCCCGGUGAAGAAGGCUGUUGGAGGAUCAAUUCGUGGCAUGGCACUUUAUGAAGAUGAUCUGAAUGAAGGUGAGGACUCAGAGGAGAGGGGGCGCAUCCUGAUAUCUCUGAUGUACAACAGUCAGCAGAGUCGUUUGAUGGUGGGCGUGAUCCGCUGUGCUCACCUGGCUGCCAUGGACUCCAACGGGUAUUCCGAUCCGUUUGUCAAAAUAUAUCUGAGGCCUGAUAUGGGAAAGAAAGCCAAAAACAAGACGCAGAUAAAAAAGAAGACCCUUAACCCAGAGUUUAACGAGGAGUUCAGCUAUGAAAUUAAGCAUGCUGAGCUUGCCAAGAAAACUCUUGACGUAUCAGUCUGGGACUAUGAUAUGGGAAAAUCCAACGAUUUCAUAGGAGGAUGUCAGUUAGGAAUCCAAGCUAAAGGAGAGUGUUUGAAACACUGGUUCGAAUGCCUCAAGAACAAAGACAAGAAGAUUGAGCACUGGCAUGUUCUGCUUAAUGACAACACCAUCCAGUUUGAGGAUUAAAUUAUCCUUAAAUGAUUCACUUAUUAGCUCCUUUACAUUCUAAUUUCCCUGCUAAAUGUUGAUUUUCAGUUUCUAAAGGUAGACAAAUUUCUUCAUGUGUUUGUAUGUAGUUUUGGGGGCCGGAACUACAAUGUGAAUUGUACAUUUCUUGUGACAAACAUGGAUGUCGAUCUAAAGUAACCCCAUUUACUCACCCACCCACCCCUCCUAAACUGAUCCAGGAAGUUUAUCAUAUCUUCUGCAUAACAUGAUAAAUGAGCCUGUGAACUGAGUGUUUAUCAUAAUUCAUGAGGGAAUUUCCGGUUCUCUGUCUGACCUUUUCUCACCCCAUCAUGUCAUACCUGUGACCACGUCAUUGCUGGGUGAAGAUAUCAGCUUUCCUGAUAUACCUAAUCUUAUGGUAGUGGUGGAUGUGUAAUGAUAUUCUGGUGAUUGCGUUGUCAAAAUGUAAAAAAAUAAAAUAAAAUAAAAUAAAAAAAAAUAUAUAUAUAUAUAUACAUAUAUAUAUGUAUAUAUAUAUAUAUAUAUAUACAUAUAUAUAUAUAUAUAUGUAUAUAUAUAUAUAUAUAUAUAUAUAUAUACAUAUAUAUAGUUACAUUAUUGUUAUUGUGCCAACCAAACAUGCAUCAACAAAGUUGUGUUGUCUAAAUGAAAUACUUUUGGUUCCAUGCAGCUCACCUUUCUGUGUGCAUGUGCUACAGUCUUCAUUUCUGCUGAAGAAAUUCAAAUGGCAAAUUAACGCUUCUGCCUGAUGCACUAUAUUACCAAAAGGAUUUGUCUGUGUACCUUUACAUGUAAAUGAACUUUGAUUACAUCCUAUUCUUAAUCUUUAAUUUGUUGAUGGACCCACCAUUGUCAGCAAUAGCAACUUUAACUGUUCUGUAAUCAUCUUCCACAAGGUUUAGGAGUGUGUUCAUAGUUAGAAAACCAAAAUUGCAGCCUCUGCUCUAAUUCAUCCCAAAGGUGUUCAAGAACGUUGAGGUCAGGAUGCUGAGCAGGCCAGUCAGCUUCUCCACACCAAACGUUAUAAACCUGCAGCCUUGGAAGUGGUUGGAACACUGGAAUUAAUUGAUUUGGUGGUGUGACCCGAUACUUUUGGCAAUGUAGUGUACUUCUCCAAGAAUUGAUUAUAGAACUAAAUUUGACCCUGUCGUGCUCAAGGUAAUGAAAGAUUCCUGUUCUGAUCUAACUCAAUAUUUUAAUGUCAGGUGAAAAGUUUCCAGCUGCUCAUUUACCUUUUCUCUCUGUAUUGCUGCUGAUGCAUGUAUGAGGCUAUGUUGUUUGCAUACAUGUGCCUAAUGAAUAAAGAGACAAUGGCACUUGA